AUGGACAGACAUUCUCAUAUUCCGUGGCAGGAAGACUGCUAUAUGGACCUCCCAUCCACAGCCCCCAAACCAGACACACGCAAAAAAAUGGAAGAUAUCGGGUGGUUGAGGAAGAAUCAGAAAUCACUGGAACAGUUUGUCUCUGCCCCCUCAUUAACGGGGUUGGUCAGCCACUUGAGAAAAACAAACCAGCUAACUGAAGAGGAGGCGCGGCUUAUUCAGGGGGAGGGGUCUCUGCAAGACCGAGUGCGGUUAUUGGUUGAGCUCCUUUCUGCCAACGACCCUCAAGGAUCUGUUCUCCAGGCUUAUCUACUGAACUCACAUCCUCAAGACUAUCAAAUCAUCUCAGUACAUGACUCUCUGGUACAGCAGCAUAAGGACACUCUACUGCAGAGACUCAGAGACAGUGACAACGAUGCCCAUGCCUUUCUCCCACCUUUCACUCAAACUGGUAGCCCCACCCUGUUUUUGGUAGAAGGUGUGUCUGAUUUACAGCAGAGUGAACAUGACCUCAUUCAGGUGUCAGUCAAUAGAGGGGCGGGGCCUCUGCAUGGUCGAGCACUGGGAUUGGACAAACUCCUUGUCCCUCUGACUCGUGUUAGCACUGCUCCUCGAGUCACCCUAACGGUGGGCGUGUCUGGUGGUGGCAAAACCCGAUUGGUCCACUCAUUUGUCCGUCAGUGGUGCAGUGGGCAGAUAUACCCGGAUAUUAGUUUGGUCAUUCCCAUUGCAUGCUGGGAAGUGAGUGGGUUUGACCGUCUGUCAAUGGAUCGGCUUCUUCGACUGGUUGUUCCUCAUGACAAUGUUGAGAUCAUUUUGGGCGGAGCUUGUAAAGUGCUUCUCGUUUUUGAUGGACUGGAGGAAUUCCGGGCACCGCUGGACUUUUCCGAGGCUCCGCCCCUAUCGGACACACGCCGAGAGGUUGCCGUGUCGGACCUCAUCACCAACAUUAUCCGUGGCAACCUGUUGCCUGGGGCAACACUGUGGCUGUUGUCAAGGCCAGGUGUGGGUGCUAGAGUGCCAGCGGGUUUGGUGGAUCGGGUGACUGAAGUCCCGCCCCUCACACACACACACAUCCAGGAUUACCUCAAGUCCACUCAGAGAUACAGACAAACACACACGCAGACAGACUCACACACACACACCACCCCCACUGACGAGAUCACUCACAGCAUAUGGGCCCAUCUCAGCUCCCAGAAGUCUCUGCUCACCUUGUGCUCUGUCCCCAGCAUCUGCCGCAUCGUCGUGAUGACCCUGUCAAGCCUUCUGGAGGCGGACUCAUCUGAAAAGACCCUCCCCCGGACCCUCACUGAAGUCUACGGCCACUACUGCUGGUCCCGCCUCCUGUCCUCGGACACGCCCAACAGCAGUAUCCGCAAGCCGCUGAACGCUCUGGGACGUCUGGCCUUCUACAGCCUUUUACGCCGACGACACUCUUUCACAGAGAGCGAGUUGCGAGCCUACGGUUUAGACCCGCCCCCUCUGCCCCAGGGAAGCCUGGGAUACCGGGUCGUCCUGCGAGAACGCAGCUGGUCGUCGUCUGGGGAAUCCAUGACGUGGCGGUUCGCUCACACAUCCAUCCAGGAGUUCCUGGCCGGAGUUUUUUACUAUGCGUCAUCUCGGAAGUCGAUGUUCGAUCUGUUUUCGGAAAACGGCGUGUCAUGGCCCCGUCUCGGUUUCCAGAGCCACUAUCGAGCCGCCCUCCAGAGAGCGAGCCAGCCCGACGCCAGUCACCUGCACCUGUUCAUGCGUUUCCUGUCCGGGCUGUUAUGCCCGGCGAUGGGCACGCUCAUGGGUGCUGUUUUGGGCAUCAGUAAGGAGGAACUGGCAAAUCAGCGCACCGCGGCAACAACCCUGCUCCAGGGGGCGCUGUCGGGGUCGGGGAGCAGCGAGGCAGUGAGCAUGCGUAGCGUUGCCAUGGUUUCCUGUCUGGCAGAACUACAGCCACAAGGGGAGGUGCUGAGGUCAGUGGAGGAGGAUCUGAUUGGGUGUGGGCUGAAGGGGAAGCUGAAGGGGACGGUUUGUGCUGUGUUGGCGUACCUGCUACAGGUCUCAGAGGCAUGUGCUCAUGAGACCAACCUAUCAAACUGCCUGGACUCCGCCUCCCUAAAAAGACUCCUCCCACAACUGCUUUACUGCACCAAGCUAAGGAUGGAGAGUAAUGUAUUUAAAGAUGACACCAUGGAGCUACUUGGAAGCUUACUAAGUGCAAAAGACUGUCACAUCCAGAACCUCAGUCUGGCUGAGAACUCAAUCAGCAGUAAAGGAGUCAAGGCACUAAGCAGAGCUCUACUGGUCAACCGCACACUCACCACCCUGGAUCUCCGUGGAAACAGCAUUGGAAAUAAGGGGGCCAAGACAUUGGCAGAGGCACUGAAAAUGAACCAAGUGAUUGUAACAGUAAAUCUUCAGAAUAAUCAUAUUGAGGAUGAAGGAGCCCGAGCUUUGGCAGACGUUCUUCAAACAAAUCGGAAGCUUUCAGCUCUGAAUUUACAGAAGAACAGCAUUGGGCCUGAUGGGGUGAAGAGGAUGGCAGAGGCUCUGAAAAAGAACCAGAUUCUACAAGACCUCAAUUUGUCCAGUAAUCCUCUAGGUGACGUGGGGACAGCAGCUCUGGCUCAGGCACUGACUGUCAAUCACACACUGCGCUGUCUCAGGCUGCAGAGUAGUUCUGUCAGUGAUAAGGGCAUGGCCGCUCUAAUGCGCUCUCUACGCACCAACCGCGGCGUCACCACUCUCAUCCUGAGAGAGAAUUCCAUCGGGGUAGAAGGAGCAAAAGCCAUUGCCAAAGCCUUAAAAGACAACAACACUCUGCAAGACCUUGAUCUUACAGCUAAUCUUCUCCAUGAUGAGGGAGUGACAGCCAUUGGUGCAGCCAUGAAGGUUAACCAAGCUCUCAAGACUGUUCAUCUGCAGUGGAACUUUCUGAAGGGCUGUGCUGCUAAAGCUUUGGCUCAAGCUCUACUGUCCAACACCAGCCUCCAGUUACUAGAUCUGCAGGAGAAUGCUCUUGGUGAUGAGGGAGUUGUUGCAUUAGCUGUUGCCUUGAAGACGAACUCCUCUCUCUCAGUGCUUUUUCUGCAGGGAGUGUCUGCUGGUAUAUCAGGUGCUGUAGCUUUAGCUGAAGCUCUGAAGGUUAACACAACUCUGCACACAAUAGAUCUCCGUGGUAACUGCAUUGGAAUGGGUGGGGCCAAGGCUCUAUCCAGUGCACUGAAAACCAACAGGAGCCUGAGAAGUUUAAAUUUGCAGGAGAAUUCCCUGGGCAUGGAUGGAGCCAUUUUUAUUGCCACAGCACUGAGGGGGAAUCAUCAGCUCACCUAUAUCAACCUCCUGGGAAAUGGCAUCGGCGAGUCAGGGGCAAAGGUCGUCUCCGAUGCCAUCAGAACUGACGCCCCAGAAUGUGUGGUGGACAUCUGA